CGUCGUCAUCCCAACAGUUUGCCGGCGUCUAUCCGUGCGAUCGGUACCGACUCGAAAUUCUCUAUGGUACCACCAACAAACACCGCGUGUGUGCACGUGUCCCUCUAUCAUCAGUCUUUAUUAAUUCCCUUAUAAAAAUACACAUUUGUUGAAGUUUUUUCAGUGAGGGUUACGCAAAUCACAGGAUUCCUGUUACACGUGAGUCUGUGUUAUCAAGUGAAUUCAGUAGCGCCGAUGAUCGUGCCAAUAUGGUGGAUCAUGAUCGAAUCCUUUGGGGCCUGUUGAUUGCGCUACUGAUCUACCCCAACGAUAACUUUGGUGGUGCAUCACCACCGGAGUUUAAGGCUCCAAUAACGAAUUUGACAAUUGCUCUUGGAAGAGACGCGAUAUUCACGUGCCUGGUGGAGCAUUUGGGUGGAUAUAGGGUUGGAUGGGUGAAAGCAGAUACAAAAGCCAUUCAAGCGAUUCAUGAGCACGUAAUAACCCACAAUCCUCGUGUUUCGGUAUCCCACAGCGAUCAUUCAACCUGGAAUCUUCAUAUCAAGGGCAUUCAAUUGGAGGAUGCUGGACUCUACAUGUGCCAAAUAAACACUGAUCCGAUGAAGAGCCAGACUGGAAUGCUUUUCAUUGAAGUGCCACCUGACUUCAUACCAGAGCAGACAUCCGGAGAUGUUUCGAUUCGCGAAGGUGGACAGGUGAAGCUUACAUGUCGAGCGACUGGUGUUCCAUUGCCUCAAAUUAAUUGGCAUCGUGAGGACGGCCAGGAUAUUGUCAUCCGUGAUCCAACGUUUCCACCCAGUGAUCAGAAAUUGAAAGCGAAAGCGGUGACGAAACAUCACGGUGAGGAACUGCGUUUAACAAAAGUAUCGAGAAAUGAUAUGGGAGCUUAUAUGUGCAUAGCUAGCAAUGGUGUGCCACCAGCCAUCAGCAAGCGAAUCACGAUCAACGUUCAUUUUCCUCCGGUAAUUCACGUACCUAAUCAACUGGUUGCCGCACCCAGGGGAACUGAUGUUGCUUUGGAAUGCCAAGUAGAGGCAUCUCCAAAGUCCAUAAACUAUUGGGUCAAGGACUCUGGAGAUAUGAUCAUAUCGAGCUCGAAGUAUGAAGCCCAAACAAUUUCUCUAUCAACCUUCAAAACUCGGAUGAUCCUCACAAUUCAUGAUUUGCAAGAUCAUGACUUCGGGACCUACACCUGCACUGCUAAGAAUUCUCUUGGAGAAGUUGAUUUCAGCAUAAGAUUAUACAAGAUGAGUGGAACAUCUCGACAGAAAUCGGAUUACGAUGACGAGAUAGACGAUAUAGAGCAAGUAGUGUAUGGUUCAGCCGAUGACGAUAAGAUGGAGAAUAAGGUGGAGGGUAAAACAUUUGCGUCAGAUAACACUGUGCAGGGCCACGUGGGAUUACCAUCUUCAAGUGCAUCAAGCCCACCACCAACAAUGAAAAUCACUCGGCGGCGUCCGACUCCCAUGACAGGAUCACCCCAUGGUAAUCGCUCUUCAGGGGUUUCACAUCAACUAUUUCACUGUCCCAUUAGCCUAAUGAUCAUUGCAUUAUGCGUCAUGAUCGAGCAUUUCAAGCCGUUUUAAAGGAAUUGCCGUGCCAUUCUCAUGAUGGGAAAGUAAAUUUUAAAAAAAUGGUUGAGACCGAUUGUUGGGGAAAAUGAAGAGUGUAGAUAAAUUUCUUUGAGAUCAAUUUGAAUGAUGGAAGAAUAGAAAUGUACAUAUCUUUUUUUGAAUUCUUAUUUUUGACUUAUUCUAUUCAUGUAUCACUCGGUGUGUCUCCUUACUUCUCUGGGGGACGUUGAUGUAAUUGUAGAGAAAGUGGAAUGUGACAUCUCUGUAGAAGAAAAAGAAAAGGCUUUUCAUAUGGUAUACUCAGUGCAAAAUUCUUCUGCAUGGCUCAGUGUUAUACAAUCGAAUGAAUAUUUUUUCUUUGUGAAUUAUUUUAAGUGGGAUUUAAUUACAAUGAUGAAAUAUAUUUAUUACUUCCGUUCGACCUUACCAGAUAUAUAGUGAUGAUGCGAGAGUAUAUUAUAAGGUGGUCUACAAUUAAUCGAAUGAAACGAUUGUCUCGACUGGCUUGAAUGUGUUCAAUGAUGAAUAGUUAAGCAAUAUAUCUCAUGUAUAAGUUGACUGUACAUAUUGUUAAGUUGCUGACAAAUAAUGAGGAAUGACUCUUUGUAAAGGCAAGAGUCUUGUAUAAAAUAUAAAAUAUCAGUUAUUAGGCUUCAGUGGCGUGCGGUGAAAAUAACUGAUGGAAUUGAGGUAUUAAUUUUAUGGAUAAUGGAAUUAUUACUUAUUUUAAUUAUUCAUAACUCUCAACAUCCAAAAUUGGAUUGUUUGAUUGCAUUCAGCUGCUCAAAUAAUUUAUUUAAUGAGUUUUGAUCGUAUAACCAAAGGAGAAAUAUAAU